AUGACCACAGACGCCAUUUUGCGCCCCGAUAUGGACGAGGCCGUUUCGCCCCGCCAGCAGGCGCCACCCAUCGAGCAGGCCAUGCAGCCGAUGGGCCAGCUCAACAACCCCCUCAACCACCUCGAUCUCCGCGCCGACCCCGACGCGCAGGCCACUGUUUCCGACUUUCUCGACUUCACCGAACACCUCCCAGCCGAUAUCACGCGUUCCUUGACCCUCAUCGGCAAACUUGGCGAGUCCUACGUCGACAGCUCGGUCAACGUGCACAAGCUUAGCACCGCCUGGGGACGGCUCCCCGACACUCCGCCCGCCGACCAGCCAAGCCCUGUCGACCUGCGGGCAGAGAUCGCAGAGAACCUUCAACAUGCCCUCAACUCGCGCAUCUUCUCGCUCUCCGAAGCUCAGCGCAUGACCGAGAAUGUCCUCCGUCACCAUGCGCGUGCCAAGACCAUACUCGCAAAGUUGUCAACGAUGCAAGAAAACUAUACCCCGGCCGAAGAGCACAAGAGCCCUGUCGCGACCAAGUCGCCCCAGCUCUCACGGGCCUCGAAGGCGGUCUCGCGGGCCGACGAGAAAAAGGUUCGCAGGCCCCGGGUGCCGCGAAUUACGGUUCCGGGUGAGGUACUCGCCCCGUACGACCUGGACUACGACGCCUAUACUACGGGGACGGAUAGCAGCUCCUCCUCCUCCGAGGAGGACGAGGAGGCCGUCACACCAGCACCCCCCGCGCGUAUCAGAGUGGUCAAGGGCGCGUCGAGGACUUCCAGGCCCGGCAGACCGCCUCGAUCAGGAACCUCUACGGCGCCCAACUCGUCCGGGCCGCUUCUGUCGACGAGCGCCGCAAUAGCCCAGUUGCCCCCUCCGCCCCAAAAUCCCGUGAUCGGCAGCCCGGACGCACCAUGGGGCCAGUUGACACCCUAUGAGCUCGCCAAACUGAGGAAGCGGAUGAAGAAGAACGCGGCCUGGACCCCUAGCGACACCAUGGUGGCGCGUGAGCUCAACAUGCUGGGCAGAGGAGUGGAAGCCUUCCGCGCCGCAAAGAAGAAGGCCGAAGAGGAGGGGCGGGUAUUUGAAGGAAAGCUGCCCGUGCCCGACAUCGACCCGGACACCGGUCAGGCGCGGAUGCCGGCCGGAGCCCUGACGCUGGAAGCGCUCACGUCGGACGAGAAGACCCUGAGCAAUCGCGGAAUGAAACUCAACGAGGCUAAGAAACUCAAGAGGGAGAUGCUGGCAAAGAUGGCCGCCGAAGAGGCCGAAGAGUCAGCUAGGAGAUUCGACGCCAUUGCGAGGACCCUCAUGUCCGAUCCCAACCAAGCUAACGCUCCAGCCACCAAGGCGAAGGCCCAGAGGAAGCGCAAGAGAGACUCGGCGCCAGAAACAGAGACGGAGAAGCUGGAGACCGCAGAGGGCCAGGCCCAACGACCUCAGCUCAAGCGCACAAAGACAGAAACCCCGGUACCUCCUCCGGUUCUGACGCCGGGCGGCUCACAGCUGGCCCAUGAGACGCCGGCGCAACCUCUCCAGCGUAACUCAACCGCAGGCGUUCUUCAUUCCACCACACCAAUCCCCGUGCCCAUUCACGGCCAGGAACAGUCCAUCACCGCCAGGUCUGCAGUAUCGGUCCCUUCAACAACCUCUCCGGCAAGUAGCAACGCCGGCGGGACUGUAGCACCCUCGCCUGCACCCGUCAAGCCCCCUGCAGCCGAGACACCGAUACCUCCUCCGGUAAUCUCUCCCAGGAAAUCCACGACACCGAUUGUCCCGCCGACCCGGGAGACGCGCAAGACCCAAGCAGCGCGAGCCCAGGAGCAGCAGCAGCAGCAGCAGCAGCAACAGCAACAACAACAGCAGCAGCUGGAGGCGCGCAUUGCCCAAGUCGCCGGGGCCAUCUCCCGCUCAGCCAGCCCGGCGACCGUUCCAAAGCCCGAGCCAGAUGCUCCCUCCGCCACCACUACGGUCACUCGGCACGCCGCAUCCCGUGGCAAGGCCGCGAGCCAGGAGCCUCAGCCGUCGUUGGCCGCAGACCGCCCCCGGCGCGCUAGCACCGCCCGGAACACGCCUGCGCCGGAGCUUUUCUUCUUCUCCUCCUCCUCCUAG